AUGAUAAAUCAAAAUCAAUCUGAUCUGAUCAAAAACAAUCCCAUUGGAGAUAUACUGGAGCCUUUCCGCUCAUCGUUUCGUGCGAAAUUCCAGAACCCGUCGAGCAGACUAGACCAGCUCAACCUCGAAGAACUGCAGGCCCUAUUCGUCGACUUACUCACGAUACUUCAAACUACCCGGGCUUGUCGCCUGCUAAAAACUAGCCGUAAUGGGCCGAAUCUUCUCAGCGACCUGUUCAGACUCGGCUUCGCUAUCAGCUCGGGCGAGUUCGAGCUUGUCCGAACCAAGCCGCUUCUGCAAGCGGCUCUUGCAGACUGCUUGGAUGAGCAGAGUAUCUGGGAUAACGUCUACGACCUCCUGGCUGACUCUACAUCUCCGCCUCGGUCGAUUGCUUCCGUAGUCGAACAGACUCCAUGGAGAGGCAGCACGGGCAGCAUUGUUAACUCGUCUGAACUUCGCGACGAUGUAAGCAAGAUAUUGAGAGAAGAACUGGGACCCCUAUAUGUUGGUGUUUCUGGCUUGCAUGACGCCAUCUUAAGAAGCGUGCCAACCCUGGAUACCGCAUCUGAGAUAGCUUUCCGCGAGUGUAUCAAGGGAGACUCCCCGCUAUUCGAUGGGGGAUGGACGGGAUGGCCAAUAUUGGCAAUUCAAGAUGACGUAGUUGCCUGGCUUGUUGGCAUAAUUCCGAAAUUAGAAGCUUUCGCAGGUGCUCGCAAUCCAAUAAUGUCGCAACGACGAAAGCUGUUAGCACAGCCCAGAACACCAUUGGAAGGCUCUACAGGCAAACGCAGCCUAGAUGUCGGUUUCGUCAAUAGAGACUUUACACCUCGAGGGGGCGGAAUAGAUGCAAAGUAUCGAUGGUCACAAGUUCUAGUGGCUGGCGAACUGAAGAGCAACCCGAAAUCUGAUAUAGCAUCGGACGCAUGGAUUGAUCUGGCAAAAUAUGCAAGAGAGGUACUGGCAGCUCAAGAUACCCGUCGCUUUGUCCUUGGGUUUACUCUUUGCGGACCCUUUAUGAGAAUUUGGCAGUUCGACCGAAUCGGCGGUAUUGCUUCGGAAAAAUUCGACAUCAACGACAACGCAGAACUUUUUAUCAAGACGAUUCUUGGGUUCCUCUGGAUAGAUACAGAGACCCUUGGGUUUGACCCUACGAUCGUCGUUACCGCAAGAGGGCGACAUAUAGAGAUUCAACGAGAAGGGAAGACAGAGCGUCUUAUCCUUGAUGAUAAGAUCAUGUAUCGCGCUAAAUGUAUAGCAGGUCGCGCGACAACUUGCUGGAAAGCUUAUCCACAAGAUGACCCAAAGACGCCCCUUGUCAUCAAGGACUCGUGGCAAUAUACUGAUAAAGUCGAAGAAGGCGCACUGCUUCGGGAAGCGACCGAGGCGGGCGUGGUAAAUAUUGCCCGUUACUAUCACCAUGAAAUUGUCCGAGUCGGCGGCGUUGAUGAUGAUAUCUCACAUAAUGUCCGCCAGGGACUAGACAUCACUAAAGCAACGAAUUAUCGAAUUGCUACGUCGAGAUUUACCGUACGCACUAGCACGUCUGAUGUUUCGCGGAAAAGCCGGGCUACGAGUGCUGGCAUGAAGCGGACAUCAAGCGAAACCAAUGCUACUGUGCCGCCAAGUAAGCGAUCCUGCUUGACGUUGCCUGCAAAUCAAAGCAUCCAACCACCAGCCAACAGAAUUCAUACGCGAACUAUCAUGCGUGACUAUGGAAAGCCGAUUUAUGACGCUACAUCACCGGCGGCUCUACUUGGUGGCCUGGCAGCCUGCAUUAAAGGACACGAAUCUCUUGUUCAGAAGAAAAAUUAUCUCCACCGAGAUAUUUCCAUUAAUAACCUCAGGAUCAAUGAAGACGAAGACAAUCCCUCAUAUCCAGCUUUCCUGAUUGACCUUGAUCAUGCUAUCGAUCAGCAACGAAAAGUAGCCUCAGGAGCCAAGACUAGAACAGGUACAAGAGCAUUCAUGGCAAUUGGUGCCUUGCUGGGUGAAAACCAUUCCUUUAUGCACGACCUUGAAUCGUUCUUCUGGGUAUUGCUAUGGAUAUGCGUUCAUUUUGAUGGUCAGCAGGCAAGAGUGGUCAAACGAUUUGACGAAUGGAAUUAUCUCAGCAUGGAAAUAGUGGCAGACUUGAAGAAAGCAUUGGUAAUUGAUGAAGAUGACUUUUGCGGAAUGAUGGAGAAUUUAUUCACACCAUACUACCAGCCGUUAGCCGUAACGGUCAACAGACUAAGGCGGGUGGUAUUCCCUCAAGGAAAGAGGUGGAAGUAUCCAGACUUGGGCCGAUAUCAACAGAUGAAGGAUAUAUUAGUAGAAGCUCAGAAGGGCCAGUUCUAG